ACACAUAAACAUACAGGAAUACACCUUCACAUAUUCAGACAAGCAGUCAGGCACACAGCUAAAAGGAGAAAUUGUGGAUUUUCUUACUUUCAUUCGUAUCGCUGGGCCUUAGGCUUUAUAUCAUUAUAGCUGCUGUGGAGCGCGACGUACAUGGAGGAUAUACAUGCCAGAAUGCUUUCGUUCUUUAAACAGAUCUUGUCUGCUAAGAAGAAAAACAGAUUCGAGGCUCCAGCAAUCAUGUGCUCAGAAGACACACUCCUCCGGUCGUCUCUGCGCUCGUCCCUUGAAAAGACACCUCUGCCAGAAGCCGUGGAUACACAAGACACCAUCAAACAGUUUUUAUCCGAUCGGAUCCUGAAGGCUGCGCGGGUGGUUUACAGCACUCUGAUGGAGCGUAACCCAGGCCUGAUAAGAGACAGAAAACACCAUCUUAAGACUUACAGACAGUGCUGCAGUGGGAAGGAACUUGUGGAUUGGCUAAUGAAACUCAAUGAUUGCUUCCAGUCCCGGAGUCAGGCAGUCGGAAUGUGGCAAGUUUUGGUGGAUGAAGGCAUUCUGAGUCAUGUGAAACAGGAGUUAAACUUCCAUGACAAAGACGCACAGUUUUACCGCUUCAUGGAGGCAGAGUUUGACCUCAAUCACACAACUAACGACAAAGACUCCAAAGAUGAAGAACUCCAAGAGAGUUUAUCGCUCCUGAUCCAGAUGGGUCCAGAUGCUCUUCUGACUAUGAUACUGCGUAAAUGCCCAAGCCAGAGAACUCCAGAGGACCUGGAAGUUAUUUAUGAAGAACUUCUGCACGUCAAAGCUGUGGCCCACUUGUCUACAUCUGUUCGGAAGGAGCUGGCAGCAGUGCUGGUUUUUGAAAGCCAUGCCAAGGCGGGAACAGUCUUAUUCAGUCAGGGGGACAAAGGGACUUCCUGGUACAUCAUCUGGAGAGGCUCUGUUAAUGUCAUCACACACGGCAAGGGCUUGGUGACCACGCUUCAUGAGGGAGAAGACUUUGGGCAGCUGGCCUUGGUGAACGACGCCCCUCGUUCUGCCACCAUCAUCCUGAGAGAGGACAACUGCCACUUCCUGCGGGUGGACAAGCAGGACUUCAUACAUAUCCUGAAGGAUGUCGAGGCCAACACCGUCCGCCUGGAGGAACACGGUAAAGUCGUUCUGGUUCUUGAGAAGACCUCAGCGCAGGAGUCCGCCUAUCAGGGAGGAUCAGCGAGCAGCAACAAGUACACAGUAAUGUCAGGAACACCAGAGAAGAUCCUGGAACACAUGCUGGAGACGAUUAAACUGGAAAGCAAUGGCACUGAUUUUAUAGAUCCCAGUGUGACCGACUUCCUCUUAACACAUCCAGUCUUCAUGCCCUACAGCCAGCUCUGUGCAGCCCUCCAGCAUCACUACCAAGCGGAGCCAUCAGAAGGUACAGACCUGGAGAAGGCAGCGUAUGCUCUUAACACCAAGCAGAAGGUUGUGAAACUGGUGGCUCACUGGGUAGCUCUGUACGGUCUGCUACUGAGGGACAAUCCUGCGUCCUCUGAAUUCCUGGAGAAAUUCAGGGAAGGGGUGAUGGCUGACUCGAGACUUUCCAGCAUGCUCAAAGAACAGCUGAGGGACAGAAGAAAGACAAAAAUAACCGAGAAUGGAUCUCACACUCUGACGAAGUUGAACCAAAAGUUUGAUUGGUUUUCUGCUCACGAAGAGCCGGUGGGGAAAUUAUGGUCGAUUAAAGCUCAAGAUAAAGUCUUGUAUGAGAUCUUUAAACCAGAUCAUAAGGCUGUCACCGUGAUGCUGCCAGUCGAUGCUUCAGUGAACGACAUCUUGACUACAUUAGUGGAUCCUGAGAGAGACUAUGUGCUGGUCAAGAUGAAUUCCUCAGGAGACAGAGUCCAGCUCAAGUUGGAGACCACGGCGGUCUCUGCCUCUUUAGGAGUGAAUGAGAAGCUUUUCUUCUGCUCUGCCAGCCAAGUGGAACAACUGACACCAUUGAAAGAGCAGCUGGGGCCAGAGAAGAGCACCAUGGACACUCUAGAGCAGAUGUGCUCCAAGGACAUGGCCAGCCAGCACACCAGCUAUGACUGGGAGCUCUUCAUGGCCAUGCAUGAGGUGGAGUUGGUCUACUACGUUUUCGGACGGGAAAAGUUCCCUGGAGCCACGACGGCUAACCUCGAGCGGUUUGUGCGUCGCUUCAACGAGGUUCAGUACUGGGUGGUGACGGAGCUGUGUCUCUGUGAGGACCUGGUCAAGAGAGCCAUACUACUCAAGAAGUUCAUCAAGAUGGCCGUUGUUUUAAAAGAGCAGAAGAACCUGAACUCGUUUUUCGCAGUGAUGUUUGGGCUCAGUAACAGCGCUGUACAGAGGCUCAAUAAAACAUGGGAGAGACUUCCAAACAAAACCAAGAGGAUCUACUGUGCAUAUGAAAGACUGAUGGAUCCAUCCCGUAACCACAGGGCCUACAGACUGACUGUAGCCAAACUCAGCCCUCCAUACAUUCCCUUCAUGCCUCUACUGCUUAAAGAUAUGACAUUUAUCCAUGAGGGAAACAAGAACUACACUGAUAAACUGGUCAACUUUGAGAAAAUGCGCAUGAUUGCCAGAACAGUGAAGACGGUUCGAGAGUGUCGAAGUCAGCCUUACGUGCCUUCAUCUCCACAGAAAGGCUUGACGGAGAGAAUGUUCUUGGAUGCCCAAGCUAUCCGACUAUCAACAUAUUCAGACCAGUCCCUGACCCUGCGCAAUGCAGCCAACAUAAGACAGUACAUCCAGAACCUCAAAGUGAUCGACAAUCAGAAGAAACUAACUCAGCUCUCCAGAACCAUAGAGCGCUGAGUCGCCGCAAGAAGACUGCCUUUCUUUAGCCCGUCCUGCUCCAUAUUGGAGAACAAAAGUGACUGAUGGAAUCCAUGAUCACCCUAUGUGUGGUUAAUUGGUGUAAAUUCUCACAAACGUCGUCAGUCAGUGCUGCGUGGACUGUGCGAAGCCGAGCAUUGGCUGGGAAAACGCUGACAAGUGACAAUUUCCUUUUGAUGCCUUAUCAGAAGUGUUCUGAUCUGACUGCUGUGACUAUUAUGUGCCGUAUCUGACACACUACACCAUGAGCAAAGAAUUUCACUUUAGGCAUUAACUGUUAUUUAUAAAAAAUGUACACCAUGGCAAUGUUGAUUCUGAUUACAGUUUUGUAUCUCUUCGCCACAUUGUUACUGAACUAGCAACGCUGGCUUGGGCUGCUUUUAGAAGCAUGAUGUUGUGUAAAGAAGUCAUUUUAGAGACAAAAACCUGCACAAUUUCUCUGCAAAUAAACAUUAUAUAGACAUUUUGACUGACAGUUGAGUCUGGACCAUUGAGUUAUUGAAAAUGAAUGCACAUAGAUGCAGUGAUUUUCAAUAAAUCUAUGGUCUGUUAGCACUUAUUCCUUAUUUAACAGUAUUGUGGCCUGUUUUGAAUAUUAAGCUUUAAAUUGCAUUGUGAGCACGCACUGGAGAACAACAGAUUGUACAGAUUAUUACUAGCUGCUGUAUAUAAAAGCUGAAUACCACUAAGCUAAACCAGUACUAUGAAAAGAGCACAGUUUUGUAGAAAUUAUAUAUAUAUAUAUAAAAGUAUAUAUCUUAUGCAUUUUUUCUUAAUGAAGUGUGUUUAUUUUUAUAUAAAUAAAUUAUUGAACAUU